GAUAGGUCAACGUGCGAUCCUCAAUUCCCCUUCAUAUCCAUGCAUGCGUGCACGAGCUCGAUCCAGCACCAUCGUCGAUCGUGCAGAAACGACAAGCGAUCGAGCAGCUCGCCGAGGAGCCAUGGCCAAGAAGAACGGCGCCACGAUGAACCUGCUACACCGUCGUCGUCGUCGUCUCAAGACCGCGCUCUGCCUCGUCCUCGGCCCCGUCAUGCUAGCCGCCUUCCUCUGCCUCCACCUCCGAACCCUCGGCCUCUUCUCCCCCGCCUCCCGGUGCGCCGGCGAGACCGCCGCCGUCGACGACCUCGUCCGCCGCCUCCGCUCGUUCGCCACCUUCGACCCGCUCAGGGACCCGCGGGAGCCUGCGGCGGGGGCAUGGUUCGUCAGCGCCCUCAACGACACGGCCGAGCCGGAGGGCGAGGCCAGGCACCUGGUCCUCCCUUCCGCGGCGUCCGCCGGGCGCGUCCUCUGCGUUCGCGCGCCGCCGGGCGUCGACGCCACCUACGCCCUCGCGUGGCGCGACGCGCUGCCCCGCGGCGCGGCGCUCCUGCCGGGGCUCGCGUUCGUGUCCGAGUCGCCCUACGACUACAACAACCUCUGGCACGGCCUCACGGAGCUCGCCCCGUUCGUGUCGUGGCACGCGCGGGGCGGGUGCCGGGCGGCGCCGGCGAGGUGGGCGCUGUUCCAGCGCGGCGCGGCGAGGACGCGGAUGAGCGGCUGGCUGACGCUGCUGGCCGAGGCGGCCACGGGCGCCGAGAUGGUCGUGGAGACGUUCCUGGAUCGCGCCGGCCCCGUGUGCUUCGAGGAGGCGGUGGUGUUCCGGAGGCAGAUGCAAGGCCUGAGCAGGGAGCGGCUGCGCGGGGCGUUCGACCUCAUGCGGUGCAAGGCCAGGGCGCGCUGCGGCGUCGUGGACGUGCAGCCGAGAGCCGGGAACGGCAGCCGCGGUGGCGCCGCCGGCUCGUCGGCCGUUCGCGUCACCAUCCUGUUCCGGAGGGGCGCGCGGGCGUUCAAGGACGAGUCGGCUGUCAGGCGCGUGUUCGAGAAGGAGUGCGCGCGCGUGGCCGGGUGCGCGGUCACCACCGCGCACACGGACAACCUGACGUUCUGUGACCAGGUGAGGCUGCUGAGCGCCACGGACGUGCUGAUCACGCCGCACGGGGCGCAGGUGACGAACAUGGUGUUCAUGGACCGGAACAGCAGCGUCAUGGAGUUCUACCCGCUGGGGUGGAGGCAGAGGGCCGGCGGCGGGCAGUUCGUGUUCCGGUGGAUGGCGGACCGGGCGGGGAUGCGGCACGAGGGCUCGUGGUGGGAUCCCGACGACGAGCCGUGCCCCGACUCGCCGGACAUCCUCAGCUGCUACAAGAGCCGGCAGAUCGGGCACGACGAGGCCUACUUCGCGGAGUGGGCGGCCAGAGUCUUCGCCGCGGCCAAGGAGCGCAAGAUGGGGGGCGCCGGUGGGGCACCGCCGGUAGAGCGGCUGCGGGAAGCAGCGGCCUGCAAUUGCAUCUAGCUGCCCUGCCGUGGUACGUGCUCAAUCAAACACUAACUGUGUUUUGGCAUCGCGGUGAAGGGUGAACCAUGCUCUGGUUUGGUAAUAAAAACAGUUUGAGGUAUUUUUGGUGUUUG